AUGCCGAAGCAUCUUUCGCUGUUUCAGGGGCAGGUCGGGGAAGUGAUCGUUUCACAGCCGUACGGCCUGGAGGACCUGUUGGCGCUGCCCGCACCUGCCAGUGCCGAAGCGGAGGUGAAGCUUGGGACCCAGCUGUCGAAGAACGUGACGCUGAAUGCGCCGCUGGUAGCAGCCCCGAUGGACACCGUGACGGAGGCCCGCAUGGCGAUAGCGUGUGCCCUCAUGGGCGGGAUCGGUGUCAUCCACUGCAACUGCUCCCCUGCUGAGCAGGCGAAACAGGUCGACCUCGUGAAAAAGUGGGAGAAUGGGUUCAUCAUGGACCCAUUUGUGCUUUCCCAGACACACACCGUUGCAGACCUGGACAACAUCAGGCAAAAGCACGAUGCCUCCACCGUCUGCAUCACGGACAUGGGAAUGAUGGGGAACAGGCCCAUCCUGAAAAUGUUCCCUCCGGGGUUCGAGCCCGGGGCCUCGGGUCACAAGCUCAAUCGCUUGACCAUUAGGUCCGGAAACCUCCGAAACGGCUUCAGCACAGUGUGA